AUGUCUAUUGAUCAAUCCAUUACCAACUCAACUUCGUUUGAUAGUACAUCAUCUAAGGGUUUGGUGGACGAAUUAUCCAAUUUUCAUAUCUCUUCUCCAUUUCACGAUGAUGACAAUCAGCGGGAUCAAAAGAAAGAACGAAAGCAAUUCAAAGAAUACAAACAAAAUAAAGACUUUUCUGAUUCAAAAUUCAUAACACAUAUAGAUGACGAUGAUGACGAGUAUAUCAGCGGUUCUGAUGAGGAUGAAGAAAAUGCGACAAAAACAACAAUUAAAAAUCAUGAUGACGAUUACUUGCACAAAUUACAGGAUUGGUCAAAUUUAAGUGUGAAUUUUCUACCAGAGUCACCAAAUGAUGUAAAAGAAAGAAAUUAUGACUACAGUUAUGGAGACGGUACGGUCAAUAGAAAACAAACAGUGAAUGAAGAUCAAGAUCAAGAAAACAUUAACCCACCACAAUGGAAACAACAUAUGUUAUUGAACAAUAAUUUUACACCAAAUCAAAAUAAUAAAAUCAAAAAUUCCAAAAAUUUGUUUAAAAAUCCACAAUCUGAUUUGAUAAUCAGUAGUUCGCUAAGUGAUAUCUCUGGUAUUCCAACAAAUACGUUCAAAAAUCAUUCUGGAAAUAAAGUUUAUUCAAAAAAGACGUCAAACAAUCAACACAGUGGUACUGUAUUGGGAGGUGAAUUCCUGGAUAAAGAAAAUGUAGACCAUACUUUAAAUUCUGAACAAGAUCCGAUCGAAGAUGCAAAUUUCGUAUUUGAAAAUAUGAUGAAAAGAGAGAAUAAAAUGCAUCAGAUUCCAAAUUUAGCAUUAAAUAAACAAAUGGAAGAUAGAAGUUCCCUUAAUUCAAAUGAAAUUAGUGAAUAUAGUAAAACAGAAGACGAAGAUGGAGACGGUAUUUUGAAUGAUAGUGAUCCAAGAAUAUCCGCUCAUAAUGUGUUCAAUGACUUGUUAAAAUCAGAGAAGGCUAGACUUGGUACUAUUGAUGAUUUGAAUAUUAGAAGACGUAUCAGCAUAACAAAUAAUAAUCAUAUUCCAUCCAAUAAAAACAAAAUUAAUAAUGCUAAUGGUUAUAAGAAUAAUCAGUUAACAGCAUAUCCAACUAAUGUUAUAGAAGAAAAUGAGGAAGAGGAUUCUUCAUAUCUAGGAGAAGAGCCUUUGCCAAUGGGAAAUGACAGCAGAGUGAAUUUUAACAACAAUAGAAAGGAACAAGGAAACAAGAAGUCGCAGAUUCCUUUAAUCCAGCCUGAAGAUAUUGGAUACGUGUUUAACCAUAGAACAGGAGCAUGGGAACAACCACAGGAGAAUUUUGCACAAGACUAUUCUAAUAGCAGGACUGUUGAGAAUAUAACUUUAACAUCUACUAACAGUGGAUUAAUAGAUGAUGAUAAUAAUAAUGAUAUUAGCAAAAAUGGAAAAUUGAACACUUUAGCGUUUUCCAAUAAAAAUAAAACAAGUUCCAUACAAUCAGAAAUCGCCGAUCAUAAGAACCAAUCGAUAUUAACAGAAGCAGACGACACAUCGAUUGAUACACCAAAGUUAAAUCCAUUGUUUGUUGUGAAAGAUUUUAUUACUGAGGAUUCAAGAAGCUCAUCUGGUUUUAAAAAUGAUAAAAAUCGAAUAUCAACGAAUCAUAAAAGAGAAUUAAGUAAUAGGUUUUCACGUCUACCAAUACAAGAAUCCUCACAUAUAUUCUCUAAGGGAAAUACGACAGUUGGCAAUGUUACUGGUAUAUCUCAAAUAUCUGAAACAUCCUUCCAUCAAACUAGAAGUGAUUUAGUUUCUACUAUUACCAAUGUUAUGGCUCCAAUUAGAAAAGAGAAUAAUCAUAAUAAUAAGAUUGAUUGGAAUGAUAUAAGCAAGAUUGAUUUGAGUAAUUUAGGUAUAUCAAGUGUUUAUGGCAUGGAUAGUUUUCUACCAAAUUUGAUUGAACUUAAUUUGAGUAACAAUAAUAUUAAUUCAUUGAACGGGUUACCUAAAUCAAUAGUCCGAUUAAAUCUUUCGAAUAAUGAAAUUACAAAUGGUUUUUUUGAACUUUCUCAUUUACCAAAUGUAGAAGAAUUAUACCUCGCUAACAACAAAAUAACUUCUUUAUUAAAUUCAUUCAAAAAAAAUUGUCAUUUAAGAAAGAUCGAUUUAUCUAAAAAUGAAAUCACAUCAAUUGAUGAAUUCAAUAGUAUCUCAAAGAUAACUGAUAUAAAUUUAUCCAAGAAUAAUAUUAAAGGUGAAAUAAAUUUUCAAAAAUUCAAUAUUGAAGAGAAUGAAUUAAAUUAUAAAGUUAAAAAUUGUUGGUCAUGUAUUGAAGAAUUGAAUUUCGAAGCUAAUGAUAUUAUUAAAAUCAAAAAUCUAAAGAAUUUAAAAAAAUUAAGAGUACUAAUACUUGAUAAUAAUUGUAAUCUAGAGAGUAUCGAAAAUAAUAAUGAAAAACAGCAUGAAAUGGGUAAUUUACGUUACUUGAGUAUUCAAAAUAUUUCAAAAAAAUUCAAAUUCAACUCGACUGACGCCAAGUUUUUCUUACCAUUUAUUAGAUUAAGAGUUUUAAAAAUUGAUUCAGUUGUAAUGACAAAGUUCUUAGAGACCAUAAAGAAACAACAGAAUAUUGAAAAUGCGUACUCCAGAUAUUUUUCAAAUACACUAGAAAUUUUAGUGAUUACAAAGAACGAACAAACGACAGCACCAACACCGACGUUGGUUAAUGAACUGUUUCAAUAUUUACCAAACACACUCCGUGAAUUAUCAUUAGUUAAUUUCAAUGAAGAAUUGAUGAACUUGCCAAUAAAUUUCUCCUCAAGUUUCCCAAUAGUACAAACUCUAAAUCUGAGAAACAAUGGCAUUAACAGUCUUUAUAAACUGAUUUCAAGAUUACCAUUACCUAGUCUGAUCCAAUUGAACUUGCAAGACAAUCCAAUAAUUAGAAAUUGUAACGAUAGUGAAUUGAAACAAAUCAAAAGUAUACUAUUUGAUAUAUGUCCGAAUUUAAAAGACCUCGAAGUAUAA